UAAUAAAAACUACAAGCUGGUAAUGACUUUUGGUCCUUACAUAUUUAGUUCAUAUUUUGUGACGAAACUUAUUUUAUUCCAUGCAAGGCAUCAUGUUCAUUACACAAACUUUGUACAUAGUUAUAUCACAUGUAUAAGAAAUUUCUAAUUAGGGAGGAUAUAUGAUAAUAAUUAUUAUCUAGUAGUCGAAUUUGGACUAUUUGAUCCUUACUCCGUUGUUUUACAGUAUCUACAUAUCAUUAUUAAAGCAACACAAACAAGCACAAAAUCACCUGCUUUACUAACUUUAAUUCUUCAAAGAUGACAGUUUUAGUACAUCUGCAAUUAUAUUUGGGAAAAAUAUAGAUUGAAAUGGAUAGAACAAUAAUUGAAAUAUUAGAACAAGCUGGUAGUCAAGAUCCAACGACUCUUAAAAUCGCUGAACAAAUGCUUAGACAGUGGGAAACACAGUAUGGAUUUUAUACAGCAUUAUUUAAAGUUUUCUCGAACAAUUCCUUUACUAUCAAUGUUAGAUGGAUAGCUGUGUUAUACUUUAAAAAUGGAGUUGAUAGGUACUGGAGAAAACAUGCCCCAGGCGAAAUAGCUUUAGAUGAAAAAGAAUUCCUACGCCAAGCAUUAAUAGCUAAAUUCGAUGAGCCAGUAAAUCAAUUAGCUAUUCAAGUUGCAGUAUUAAUAGCUAAAAUAGCUAGAUUCGAUUGUCCAAAAGAAUGGAAUUCAUUAGUUCCAACACUUUUAGAAGUAAUAAGAGGAAAUAACUCACUUGCCCAACAUCGAGCUUUAUUAACUUUUCAUCAUGUAAUAAAAGCCUUAGCUUCGAAAAGAUUAAUUGCUGAUCGAAGAAUUUUUCAAGAAUUAACAUUGAAUAUAUUUAAUUUUAUCCUGGACAUUUGGAAUAAUUACACAGAAUCUUUUAUUUUAUUAAUACUAAGUGGUGCAAAUGACCAUCCAUUACAAGAGGCAAUUCAAAAAGCAUUGUUAUCCUUAAAAAUACUUGGAAAAUUAAUUAUUCAUGGAUUUCCAAAACCUUCUGAAAAUCAAAGAGCUAUGCUUUUUUUGAAAAUGAUUUUUGAUCGUAUAAGAACUAUUCUUGAUUGUAGAAAAAAUUUUAUGUCGCGAGGUUUAGAAGUAGAAAUAUUUGACAAAUUUAUAAUCCAUUUAACCAAGAUUUUGCAAGGUGUAUUGGAGAUCCAUCCAUUUUGUUACGUUGAUUUGAUUCCAACGACAUUAGAAUGUUCGGUUUUUUAUUGUUUUACUGAAAUAGGACAAUCACUUGUGUUUGAGAGAUUUAUUAUUCAAUGUUUGAACUUAUUUAAAGAAAUUUUACAAACAAAUGUAUACAAACCUGCAAAGGUAAUACAAGAAACAAAGAAUUUACUUACGUUGAGAGCACAUCAACUUAAACAAGAAUUUUUCACCUUACAAAUAUUAAAGGAAAUCUGUAUACGAUUAGUAACGCAUUAUUUUGUUUUAACAUCUUCAGAUCUAGAAAUUUGGAAUACUGAUCCAGAAAAUUUUGGAUUUGAUGAUUGCGGUGAAUCAUGGAAAUAUAGUUUACGGCCAUGUACGGAGUCGGUAUUUCUCGCACUUUUACAUCAAUUUAAGGAUAUUUUUUCUAAUGUAUUAGUUGAACUUAUGCAAAAGCAUUAUCAACCAGUUCAUCCCAAUGAUUUUCGUGGUAUUUUGUUAAAAGAUGCAGUAUAUAAUGCUGUUGGAUUAGCUGGAUUUGAUUUGUAUGAUGAAGUAAAUUUUGAUCAAUGGUUUUCUACGACGUUAAAAUUAGAAUUAAAUGAUAAAAGUAAUAAUUAUAGAAUAAUUCGUCGACGUGUCUGUUGGCUCAUUGGUCGUUGGACGGGUGUCAAGUUGUCUGCAGAAUAUAGACCAGAAUUGUAUAAUUUAAUGGCUCAAGCUUUACGUCCAGAUGAAGAUCUUGGUGUUCGAUUAGCUGCCAGUGAUGCAUUAAAACUUGCAAUCGAUGAUUUUCAAUUUAACACAGAUGAUUUCAUUCCAUAUUUAGAACGGAUCUUUUCUCUAUUAUUUUGUCUUCUCAAAGAAGUUAAUGAGUGUGAUACAAAGAUGAGAGUUUUAUAUGUUUUAUCUUUUAUGAUUGAAAGAGUUGGAAAUGGAAUUAAACCACAUAUUUCAUCGCUUAAUGCAUAUUUACCAGAGUUAUGGCAAGAAUCAAAAAAUCAUAAUAUGUUAAGAUGUGCUAUUUUGUCUACUCUUGUUCAUUUAGAAAUAGCUCUUGGUUCAGAUAGUAUAAUGUUACAACCUUUGGUCAUUAAAGUUAUAGAAUUAAGUUGUGAUAUGAAUCAAGAGGAAUACAUUUAUUUAUUAGAAGAUGGUUUAGAAUUAUGGCAAGCGCUUUUGCAAAACACUCCUUACCAAACUCCUGCUAUUAUGGAACUUUUUAAGAAAUUGCCGGCUCUAUUAGAAUCGUCGACAGAAAAUUUAAAAUUAUGCGUAUACAUUACCGAAGCUUAUGUUUUAUUGAAUCCCGAAGAACUUAUGUGUGAAAGAGGAUCUGGAAUUGUAGAAUCAUUUAAAUCCAUAAUAGGAGAUCUUCGUUCUGACGGCAUCAUAAUCGUUAUGCAACUGUUAGAGUUAUGUCUUAUAACAGCUCCUCAAAGUGGAUCACAAUUUAUCAAACCCUUACUUUUAAAAAUAUUCGAGAGCGUUUAUGAAGGUGAUGAGUAUCCAAUGGUAUGGACUGCGUAUUUAACAAUCGUUGCUCGUAUACUAUUAAAUUCACGAGAUAUUUUUAUUCAGAUAAUUAAAGAAUUAUCAAAGCGAUUGGGUCAAGAAUUUAAAGAAGAUUUCGUUUUUGCUCAAGUAAUUAAUUCUUAUAUUGAUCAUAUGCCCUUAGUUACACAACACAAAGAAAAAAAAUUAUUGGCUCUUGCAUUGUGUUCACUUUUGGAUGUUAACAGUCCUUCAGCAAUUUUUAAAAAAUUUCCUCAAAUAAUUCUGAAUAUUGUUGAAACACUAAAUGAUAUAACCAAAAUUAAUGAUAUGGGUUGCUCUACCGACUCAUUGAUGAUUGACCACCAUCACAGUCCAUCUCAAUUUGAAGAUGUAGGAUAUGAAACAGAACAUUCACUUCGAAAGAGAAGGGUAACUUUUAACGAUCCAGUACAUUGUAUUGUUUUAUCAGAACUACUUCAAAAUCAAUUAUCUGAUCUACGAAAAUUACUAGGAGAUGAACAGUUUAAAUUAAUGAUGCUAGAAAUAAACCCGGAUCUAGAUCAACAACUUAAAGAAUAUAUAUCCAUUUGAAAGAUAAAAAUAUUUAUAACAUAAUUAUUACAUGUAAAAUA